AUGGCUCCCGCUUCCCAAGUCGUCUCAGCUCUCAUGCUGCCCGCUCUCGCCCUGGGAGCCGCCAUCCAGCCCCGUGGCGCUGACAUCGUGGGCGGAACCGCCGCCGCCGCCGGCGAGUUCCCCUACAUCGUCUCUCUCCAGAACCCCAACCAGGGCGGCCACUUCUGCGGUGGUGUCUUGGUCAACGCCAACACCGUCGUGACCGCCGCUCACUGCUCUGUCGUCUACCCUGCCUCGCAGAUCCGCGUCCGCGCCGGUACUCUUACCUGGAACUCUGGCGGUACCCAAGUCGGUGUCUCCCAGAUCAUCGUGAACCCGUCCUACAACGACCGCACCACCGACUUCGACGUUGCCGUCUGGCACCUGUCCAGCCCUCUCCGCGAGAGCUCCACCAUCGGCUACGCCACUCUUCCCGCCCAGGGCUCUGACCCCGCGGCCGGCUCGACCCUCACCACCGCUGGCUGGGGCACCACCAGCGAGAACUCCAACUCCAUCCCCUCGCGCCUGAACAAGGUCUCCGUCCCCGUCGUCGCCCGCGCCACCUGCCAGUCCGACUACCGCAGCCAGGGCCUCAGCGUCACCAACAACAUGUUCUGCGCCGGCCUCACCCAGGGUGGCAAGGACUCCUGCUCCGGCGACUCCGGCGGCCCCAUCGUUGAUGCCAACGGUGUCCUCCAGGGUGUCGUUUCUUGGGGCAUUGGCUGUGCUGAGGCCGGUUUCCCUGGUGUCUACACCAGAAUCGGCAACUUUGUCAAUUACAUCAACAGCAACCUCGCAUAA